AUUACCUGCUCCGUGCUUUCGUAUUCACCUGGAGCAGCUCGCUUCUCGCCUUAACAAAAAAAAAAAGACUUCCUCCUCAAGAUCGUAGGACGAGUAUAUAAAGUCCCUCAAGUGCAGCAUCUACUGAAAGACAGGACUUGAACCACCAGCAUUCCAAGAUCUCAAAGUUCUUCCAAUACAAAUCUUCGAAGCGUCAUGUAUUACCUCUCGCUUGCCAGUAUCCUUCUCCUGACUCCAAACAUUCUCUCAACCUCAGCUCAAUGUGUUACUCCAAAUCCAACACCCGCAGCUAACACGGACUUCAAUGAUAACAUUUUCUUCUUCCCAGCCGCAGACGCCGUGGAAUGGAAGACUCUUUACGCACGCUCUCUCCAGCUACCAGAUGAGUCUCUCCUGAUGACAUGGGAGAAUUAUGCAGCAGAGCCUCCCUUGGUCAAUCACCCCAUAUACAAAUCGACAGAUGGAGGUGCGACAUACUCCAACUUCUCUGCAGUCAAAGACCAAGUCAACGGUUGGGGCAUGCGCUUUCAACCCUUCCUAUACACGUUGCCACAAGCUUUUGGAGGUUAUGCUGCGGGUGACUUACUUGCCGCUGGUGUUUCGGCCCCCGAGAGUUUGACAGGAGGUGUCUACAUUGAACUGUAUGCUAGUACAGACAGCGCAGAAACCUGGAACUUUGUCAGCCACAUUGCUUAUGGAGCCGGUCCUGAGAUCAUCACCAGCGGUGAUGAAGCAAUCUGGGAACCGUUUCUCAUGAUGUAUAACAACGAGUUAGUAUGCUACUUCUCCGAUCAACGCGAUCCGGCACAUUCCCAAAAGCUCGUCCAUGUCACGACAACCGGUCUGAAGACUUGGUCCUCCACUAUCGAAGAUGUCUCAUACUAUACAUACGAUGAUCGACCAGGCAUGACCACAGUCGCAUAUAUCGAGUCUACCGAUCAAUACAUCAUGACCUACGAGUAUUGUGGAUCUGCGAAUUGCACAGUUCACUACAAGAUGUCUUCAAACCCCCUUCUCUUCAACUCUACCACCGGGAUUGCUCUUGUCGGAAACGAUACUGCUGGGACUGUCCCUUACGGCUCUCCUUAUAUUAUCUGGACCCCCAACCCAUCCAACACAAACGGGUCAGGUGUUCUUAUUGCUAGUAGUGGCAGUACUGAACAAGUCUUCAUCAACGGUGACGGUGCUGAUCCUACGGAAUGGAAAGUGGUUGAUGUGGGCCAGUGGUCGGCUUACUCGCGUAGUCUGAGGAUCAUUACUGUGGAGGGAAACAAGAAGUUGUUGUUUGGCAAUGGAGGGAAUAUGGGUAAUCCGGAUUGCAAUUCUGUGGCAAACGGCGUCAUCGAUAUCCCGUAUUAGUCGCUUAUGUCUAUCAACAACUUUGAGUGAACAUGCUCACUUACUGGUCUAAGCCCCUAUUCAUGCAUCACUCACGUGGAUUUUCAAAUUGAGGAGAACAUACCUAGGAAGUUUUUGCUCCAUUCUAAGCUAUUGAGGGGAAGAUUUAGUAGUGAGAAUAAUUACAUCAUCGGCUUGGCGGGACUACUACAGUAAUCAGAUUUGGUACCGAUCGGAAGCUAGCACAUCUUGUCCGCACAUGAUUCUCCUCACUCGAAAGUUUCAAGGAACAAUAUCGAUCAUCUCACAACCUCCAUGUCUCCUUUAAAAUACGC